AUGAUCAGCUCAAUUAUUGAACCACAACAAGAAAAUCCUCUCGCUGAGAAGUACUUCAAAACCAUUGAUGCUCUCACAACCACAGACUUGGAAGAAAUUGAACAGUUACUCACAAAAGUUUCCUCACCAAAACUCAAACACCUUCUCCAACGAGAUUUGAAUUUGGCCCGAUCUAAACUUGUAACCCGAUUAUUGAACGAGAGUGUUGAAAAGGAAAAUGAAAAGAGAGGAUAUUUUGUCAAGAAAAAAGACUGUUGUUACAAAGAAAAGGUCAGAAGUAUCAAACAAAUUAUGCCGGAAAAGAAAACCAAAGAAAUUAGAGAUGCUUUGAUUAGAUGCAAAGGUCGUGAAGAGGAUGCAAUGGAAGGAUUAUUGACUGGUGAAUUGCCAAAACGCCCAGAAAUUCCAAAGAUCAAAGUGAAACGUGUCUUGAAAGAAACCAAAGAAGUUAUUGAGACUGAAGAACAAAAUAAUGGCAAACAAAGAGAAAAACCACCAAUGAAUUACUUUGAAGAUAUUACAUUGCCAAAGUAUGAGAACAAUGUUCAAAUCCUUACAGAAAGAAUUACUAGAAUGAAAGAAAUGAUUGAAUUAGAAAAGAAGGAGACAGCCAGGUUGACCAAACAAGUUGAGCAAUUCCGUUCCAAAUCAAAUUCAAGUGGAUUGUCUGAUUGGAUUGGCAAUUCUACUUCAAGUACUAGCACAUCUGAAGGUCUCAAUGAUGAGGAAGAGGCAAAGAGAAAUAGAAUGUAUCUUCCUGGUGAAUAUGACACAUUGGAAAGGGAUGAAGCUCGUACAUUUACAUUUAAACCUGAAAGAACCUUCAGUAAUGAGGUGUCACACAUCCACUUUAGAGUUGCUGAAAGUGAAUUUUAUAGACUCUGCCAACAAAAGUCACAAUUCAAAGUUACUGAGGUGAAAUAUAUUGUCACAUCAUGGCUGGUAAAAGCAUUUGAGCAAGCUCGUCACAACCUUGCUUUUGAUAUGAAUAUCAAAUACUCUGAAGUCAAACCAAUUUUAACCUUUAUGGAUAUUCAAGACUAUUCCGACGAUAACAUUGAUUGGAUUUGCAAGAAUAAUGUUAAAGGUUCAGCACCAUAUGUUUUUACAAACUCAUCAGCAAAUUCCAGCCCCAUUAUCACCAAAGAAAAGAAAAUUAUGCUCUUCUUGGUAUUGCCUGGAAGAUCUGGCAGUAAAGACUAUGCAAGAAUGAAGAGCACCACUAUCAGCGAAUUGAAGUCAAACCAUUCACUCAAGAGCUCGGAUGGAAUGAGUUACGUAUUGUUCAAUAAGGAUCUUAUUCUUCCAUAUUAUAUUGUAACGUAUGAAAGUUCUACACAAACAGUCAAUAAUUAUAAUUACAACAAUCCACAAAAUCCCUAUGGUGUUGUUCGAUUGGAUGAAGAAUGGAAGAACAUUGAGGCCAACGCUCAAGCAGAUAAAUUCAUGAAUGACGUCAAAGAAUUUUAUCAAAAGGCCCUUCUCACGACUUCUAAGGAGAGAGUUUUAGAUCCAACAACAUUUGCACAUGAUAUUGAAGAUCCUUCUCCAGGUAGUGCUAUGAGUGGUGGUGGAGACUUUGAAAUGGAUUUGAAUGACGAUACACCAACACCAAACACUGCUAGCUCACAAAAAUUCAGUUUCCAAGAUGAAUAA